CCAUGGCCGUCAGCUCGACUCGAUACCUCUUGUGCUGCCGCGGUCUUUUCACUCUGGUUGCCGAGUUCCAGCAUGGUGUGCUGGAGGACAUGGUUCCGUUGACGUCGCUGGCAAGCACGACCACCAGUUGCAUCUUGGAUCUAUGGAUCGCAGAACACGGGGACGCACGGGUGCCGCUGCUGUUGGUGUACUUGCCUCACUUGACUUCCAGGGUGAUACUGCACGCCAUCGCUACCAACAAGCCUGAUCUUCUGAAAACCCUCGAACUAGAUGCUUUCGACCACGACGACCUCGUGGAAGUUGCCGCGGUCAGUGGCAACCUCCCUGCCAUCGUCGCGUUGCACGCCAUGUCUUACUACUCUGGCACGCAUCGAGCGAUGCUGGCCGCUUCAAUUCAUGGACACCUCAAUGUUCUCGUAUACAUGCACGUCGAACGAAUGCAAACCUGCACACGAGCCAUGGUGAACGCCGCGGCGUCGCGAGGACACGUUCAUAUUGUUCAGUGGUGUCAUGAACAUGGAGGCCAAACCUGGGCCGCAGAAGCGUUCGCUGUGGCGGCCGCCGCGGGACACUUGGCUGUCCUGUCGUACAUGCAUCGCGUGAAGCCAAGGUGUGGCUCUGCGACUGUCGCCAUGCGCGCGGCAGCCAUCCACGGCCACCUUCACAUCGUUCAAUUUCUGCAUGUGAAUCGUCCUGGCUGUGGUAUCUCAUGGUCCGACGCAAUGGAUCAAAUCCAAGCGAAUACCCUGGGGUACUUGACACUGCACAACUUGGUGUACGACAUGUGCUGUGCGUGUGGAUUUCACAAACCCCGUAACCACGAAUGUCGAGCGAUCAAGUAACUUUUUAGACUCGUACAGUAGUCCCGAACUGUUUCAUUGAUAAAGUUGUACUUUUAACACAUACGGAGUGAUUGUGAG